AUGGCUAGAACUAAACAAACUGCUAGAAAGUCUACCGGUGGUAAGGCUCCAAGAAAACAAUUAGCUUCCAAAGCUGCCAGAAAAUCCGCUCCAUCUACCGGUGGUGUCAAGAAACCUCACAGAUAUAAGCCAGGUACCGUUGCCUUAAGAGAAAUUAGAAGAUUUCAAAAAUCUACCGAAUUAUUAAUUAGAAAAUUACCAUUCCAAAGAUUAGUUAGAGAAAUUGCUCAAGAUUUUAAAACUGAUUUAAGAUUCCAAUCUUCUGCUAUUGGUGCUUUACAAGAAUCAGUUGAAGCUUAUUUAGUUUCUUUGUUUGAAGAUACUAACUUAUGUGCUAUUCAUGCUAAGAGAGUUACUAUCCAAAAGAAGGAUAUUCAAUUAGCUAGAAGAUUAAGAGGUGAAAGAUCUUAA